GAUACUCGCCAUCUUGCUGGGGCGGCCGCGCGGUGCUUCUUCGCGAUGCAUAUGCUGACUAUGUACUUGGUUUGUUUAUCUGUCUUCUUACUAACCGCUUAUCUAGGUUUGAAUACUUAGGCUCAGUUUGGGAUCAAUCAGCUGAUGCUUCACAAUGACUGGCUGCAAAGCGACCUGGAUGACCGCGAUACCUUGAUCUUAAAGCUGGAGGAUCAGCUGAAAGAGGGGCACGAGGGAUUUCGGCAGGAGUUGCGCAAUGAAAUUCUCAAGGAGCAGGAGGCCGCCUUUCAUGCCAAGGAUGCGGAGCUGACGACCGCAAAGAGCAACCUGGUGAAAGAGAAGAAGGACUUGAGGCGCGUCAAAAGAGGAGCGUCGGAGGCUACCAAGCGGGAGAAGCUGCUACUCGACAAGGUGAAGGAGCUGGAGUCUAGCAUGGCCGCAAUGGAGUCAGAAGAAUUUAAGGCGGCCGAUGAGGCCAAAUACAGCAAGUUGCUGAGGGAUACUGUGGCCUCCAUUUGCCAUUGGUUCCGCCGCGAGUGUCCCAGUGCGGAUUGGGACCGAAAUGCGGUUAGGGACGCUAUUGAGUUAUGGGGUGACAACGAUAUCAACUCCGAGGAACUUGAGGUCCCGGCUGUCAAUGCUGGCGAGGAGCUGAACCAGCCUUCUCCUAACAAUGGUGGUUCAGUUUGAGCCCGUUAAAUUAUUGAAUUAGUUGCUGCUUUUGUUUUGCCCCUCCUUCUGGGGUAUAAUACAUUCCGCUGGCGGGAGAUGUGGCAAUGUGAUAACGUCGUAUUUCCACAUGUUUGCACCCUCAUUUCUUGAUCAUUUUGGCUUGUGUUUUUGAUUUCUUGGACUAUUUUACGCUAGUUUGUGUUCCUUUGUCAUAUUUCAGGUCCUAGCAUGUAAAGUGAAGCCUAGGCGCAAGUUUCAAGUCAAUAGGAGAUCAAUUGGCGACUCGGGGUGAGAAACUCGGGAAUGACUUGAGAAAGAAUGGAUUUAUACCUAACUUUAUUGACAAAUAAUCAUGAAAGCUUUUUACGAAAAGAAAGAGGACAAGACCACGAGCAUCUGGGAUCAAACGGCACUUGAAUUGGAGGUUAAACAAGAUCAAUGAAGCUUAGGAGUGCAU